CACAGUCUCUGGUCAUAUUUAAAAUGGUAACCGAGGGUAUACCCAUUUUAGCAUUUGUUUUGAUUACUUUAUAACAUGUUUAACAAUGUAGUACUUAGAAUUUGUUUAGAGUAUCUUUGCACUGUGAGCUGAUGAUUUAGAAAGAUUUAAGAGUGCUAUUCACUGCUCUCUGGAGAUGUCUGCACGUCGGGAGCAGUCAAGGCUGAGCAUUCUCCAGAACACGAUGCCAGCUGCUUGCUGUGGGAUCCUGCGGUGGCCCCCGAGUUCCGAGGGCUGCAGUGCAGCAGUACAGGUAAAGCCGCAGGUGGGGGUGUCUGGAGUGCCGAGGAGGACGACGAUGGACCAUGGAGCCGCGAUGAGAGGAGGCUGGGCUCUCUGGAGCCCCUCACUGCAGAGAGCAGCUUCCUCCUGCCUGACCAUACCCCUGAGUUCUCCCAGCUCAGCAGGGUCUCUCCCCAAGCACAGAGGAUGCCUGCCUAGCUCUUAGCUUGGCAGCCCGAUCAGAAGGACAGAGGACCACCGAGAGGAUCCUGCGGUCAUCCCUGUUUGUGUGUCUGAUGUCCAGAUUAGCCAUGAAGGGGAAACAGUCUUUUUCCCGAGGGGAAAGUUGGCUUGUUUUAAUUUAUCAGUUUGUACAAUAAGGCAGGAUUAGGAUCACUGCCUUCAAAACCUCCUAGUUAGCAAAUUAGAUCUACUUGUAAAAAAAACCUAAGCUAGUUGAUAACAGCAAUAGACUUGAGCACAAUUUAAAUAUUCCUCACUGGGAACCAAUGAAAUAAAUUACUUAGCCGGCUGCUGCCUGUAAAUAAAUUACUUAGCAUGUGCUGCCUGUAAUCCCAGCACCUGAGAGGCUGAGGCAGGAGGAUCGCCACGAGUUUGAGGCCAACUUAGACUGCAUAGUGAAUUCAAGACCAACCUAGACUACAUAGCGAGUCCCUGUCACAAACAAAUAAGUAACAUAGUCUGUGCCCCUGUAACAGUGAAUCCUGUCUAUGACAACUGCCUAACAUGAGCUUCCAGACACAUGACCGAGUGGGAAAGAAAUUAAUUGCAGAACAUGGGUGAUGCGAUUCCUGUCCCCCAAGUAAUAGUUAUCCUUGUGUGUGCCUUAAACAACUCUAAAAAGAUAUACAAGAAACCAGUAACAGGGGAUACUUCCCAAGAAAAGUCUAGAAUAUUAAGAGAACUUCCUUUCUAUUUCCAACAUUUUCCUUAGGGUGAAAAUGUAUUUUUUUAAAAACCGCAUGCACUGAUUACUUUUGUCACCAGAAACAACCUCAGCCAGCAGCUCAUUGAGCAGGUGGCAGUCAGGCCGGCGUGGGAACUUCCGCUCCCAUUCAGGAGCCUCGUUGCCAGCACCUAGCCUGGGCCCGGGGCCUGGAGAUCUUGCCGACGACCGUAUGGCUCUGGUGUCGGGCAUUAGUUUAGAUCCAGAAGCCGCCAUCGGCGUAACAAAACGGUCACCUCCGAAGUGGGUGGACGGAGUGGAUGAAAUCCAAUAUGAUGUUGGCCGGAUUAAGCAGAAGAUGAAGGAAUUAGCCAGCCUUCACGACAAGCAUUUAAACAGACCCACCCUGGAUGACAGCAGUGAGGAGGAGCACGCCAUUGAAAUAACCACCCAGGAGAUCACACAGCUUUUCCACAGGUGUCAGCGCGCAGUGCAGGCCCUGCCCGGCAGAGCCCGGAGGGCCUGCUCAGAGCGAGAGGAACGGCUGCUGCGCAACGUGGUGGCCUCCCUGGCACAGACUCUGCAGGAGCUGUCCACCAGCUUCCGGCACGCACAGUCCGGCUACCUCAAACGCAUGAAGAACCGAGAGGAAAGAUCCCAGCAUUUUUUUGAUACAUCAGUACCACUAAUGGACGAUGGAGACGAUAAUGCUCUGUAUGAUCGGGGUUUUACGGAUGACCAGCUGGUGUUGGUGGAGCAGAAUACACUGAUGGUGGAGGAGAGGGAGCGUGAGAUCCGCCAGAUUGUGCAGUCCAUUUCCGACCUGAAUGAGAUCUUUAGGGACUUAGGAGCCAUGAUUGUAGAGCAGGGUACGGUCCUUGAUAGAAUUGACUAUAAUGUCGAACAGUCCUGUAUCAAAACCGAAGAUGGCUUGAAACAGCUUCACAAGGCAGAACAGUACCAAAAGAAGAAUCGGAAGAUGCUUGUGAUUUUAAUAUUAUUUGUCAUCGUCAUUGUCCUCAUUGUUGUCCUCGUCGGCGUGAAGUCUCGCUAGUGACCUUGGCUUCGUGCGUUGCCACCUCGUGGAUUUGCCGGUGUCGGGGCCCAGUGCACACCCAGCAGCUGCGCAGAGGUGCGGCCGGCGGGCUCUGUGGGCACUGGGCAGCGGAGCCCCAUAGAUUCCUCUUUUCUGUCGUGCUCAAGUGAGGGGAAGGGCCUUUGCUUUUGUUUUCCAUCACUGUUGAGUCUUUAAGGACCUUUGAUGCUGUUGCAUAAUCGAGAUUGGUUCUGUGAUCAGUUAUAAUAUAUAUAUUUUUUAGAAAGUGAAAAUGAGUUGAAAGUUUACAUGCACUGCUGAAGCUGUUCAGUGUUCUAUGUGUAUAUGCUAUUUUUUUAGCAGUUAUGUCUGAGCAGCAUGUUAAAAUAAUUUUUGGAAAAAUUUUUUUAAACCAUUUGGUUUUUAAGAAAUUUGGUACCAAAAAUUUAUGAGUAGAGGCAAAAAUGCCUCUUCAUCUUUCUCUAUGUAUUUUCCAGUUGAAAACAAACUAAGAAGUCCUUUAAGAAUUUAUAAUCCGUUCCCCAUUAACUUAAUUUAGCUUUUCCAUCACGGUUAACAGAGUAGCAAAGUCUGAAAAAUAAGAAACCAUCAUCUAUGUUAAUUAACACAUAUAGAUGGGCCAGUUAAAAUAGCUUCAUAAGUUUAAAUUAAUUGUAAAUGGAGUAUUCCUCGUUUAAAAUUUUUGCACUGGAUUUUCUACUGUAUACCAAAAGGGGUUACCAAGCAAAACCAUGUAAAUGGAAAAGUUGGUGAUUUGAACCAAGCUCACAUUACAAGGAAGCUGGUCGGGGUCGUGAAAGUCACCAGCCUGAGCACGUGUGUGUCUCUGGUUGUCCUCGGCCAUCCCCACUCCAUCCGUUAAUCACAUACUAACUGCAUAACGACCUGUUCAAACCAGUUUUGUUUAAUGAACUGUGAAUUGACACAGAGGCCGUUUUCAAUGGGUCACUCCAUUUAGGGUUAGUAGAUCUCAAAUUAUUAACCAAACAUCACUCCAUUUCAAAGUAAAAUAUUCCACCAGUGAUUUGAUUUAUUGGUUCUUCCAUUGCCACUGAACAGAGCCCAGAAAGUAGACACACUUCUGAGGAUUGUGACAAUCUUGAUUAGGAAAUCCUUCGCUUGUGUGAGCGUGGAUCAGAUCACCAAGGCAGGACUUCGUCGUUUGCCCCACUGUUACCACUAUUAUGGUGCUGGAGUAUCUCUUGGGGCUGUCAUGUGGGGAGUGAUGAUAGCUUUGAAAACUGAAGUCGUUCAUGUUGUAUUUGCCCUGUUUAAAUUGAUACCAGUAUAAUUUUAGUGGCUUUUGUGUAAUUUUGGAUGGCUUUUUCAUUGUUUCUGCUUCUCUUAAAAAAUUU